GUCAGCUCCAGCGCCCUGAGCGCAGCGCUCUUUUUGAGCACCAUGGGUGCAGCAGCUGCAACCAUGACAUUGGGCGAGGCCAUUGGAAUUGUACAGCAGUGGCACUCGUACAACCAAGACCAGCUGUGGUCUAAGCGAGGCUAUGAUAUUGGCCUGCAGAGUAUGAGGAUUGAUAUCCUCAACACCGUGCGGGAAGAGAUGCGAGACCAGGUCACGGUGAUCAUCUCAAGUUUGGACAACCUCAUGGUGGUAGCCACUUUGAUGCUAUCCAUAGGCUUUGGCUUCGUGGUCGAGGGGACCUUUCCACCGGCCGAGAAGGACUAUGACUACGACGAUCUCGAACGGCAACUGCUCAUCGUCUAUGCGGUCUUGGCAGCUCUAUCCCUGGUCUUCCCUCUUGCGUGCAUGAUGCUGACCAUCGCGGCACGCUUCGAGGUGGAGCUCUGUCAACAAGAUGUCAUGGGAGAUUUGCAGAAACAUUUGCUGAAGGCGCUUCAAAGGGACCAACGCGAUGCUGAUCUGGUGCAAGGACUCCCAAGCUCUUCCAGAAGUGAUGAUGAGGAGGUUUUGCACCGGGCUGAUUCAUCUUCCCGUCUUCCCACUGCUCGGCGCCCGAAGUUGCGCCGGAACAGCCGCAGCGAACCUUUGUUGGGUGCGCGUAAGGAUAAGGGAUUCGUGAAGGGCAUUCGCGAAGCGGUCAAGGGUGGUGUGAAGCGUCAAUUGAGCAAUUUUGAAGCGCUCUUUUUUGAAGAGAACGUGGGUCACAUUGCUGAAGAUGAGGUUCGGUUGCUGGCUGAAGGCUUGUUGCAGAAGGUGAAUUACUACCAUUUUCUCUACCCCAUUGCGCAGUUGUUUCUCUGGUGCGGAAUGUUGAGCUCUGUAUUGGUUUGCUGUGUCUUGCUGGGCUUGUACUACAAGGCCAAUUACCCUGAGACGCCCUGGAUGUGGCGAAGCUACAGCGGCAUCUUGGGCUCUUGUGCUUUGGGAUGUAUUUUCUUCUUCUUCUGGAUCAAGUUCCGGCUCCGAACCAAGCAAAUCCAGGUCCGGCAGAAGUCAAAUGACAUCGUGGCCAAGACCAUUUCUGGCAUUUAUCGUGAGGAUUCGGGCAUCACGCCGAGCACCCUCUUUGCCAAUGCGGAGCCAGUCUUUGGGAGUGAUGCGGAGGUGGAGGCUGCUUAUCGAGAUGCCUUUGGCCGACCAGCACAGGGCUCUCAGGAGACCGAUUACGAGAGCGCAGAGGAGGAGUUUCAUCAGCCGUACGCCAAUCGCCGGGGCUCCAAGGCAGCGAAGCGCUUGCUCUGGCCAGCUACAACUGAGGGCCACGGCCACCUAGAAACUAGCGCCGUGUAGGAGACACGGUGAUGGUGACAUGGUCC